AUGGAAUCAUCUGAGGACGAAAAUAACACGGAUAAUGAAAAAAAUGCAACAGAGGAUGUCACAAAUUUUAAUCCAUUGGACAACUUCAGCGCUUUCUCCUUUGAGAACUACAUGAAGACUCUAAAAAGAUUAUUACGGAAAAAUAAUGAACCUCUUUCUCGUUUUGCCGAAAUUGACAAUGUGGUGAAAAUUACUUCCGAUAAUUAUCGAAUUAAUUCGACUGCUGAUCCGUCCAAGGAACAUAAUGAUGGCCCUCUACUGGCAGACACCUUUCCACCGCAAUAUUUGCAAUUCAAAAAAAGGUCUCUAGUGCUUAGCUUGAAGCAUCCAAACAAUAUUUGUAAAUUAAGUAAUGGACACAUAACAUUAAACACGUGGGUAGUAGUAAAAUUCCCAGAUGAAGAUUCGGUAGAGGCAGUUCCGGAAAACUGGAUAGAAAUAGAUGGUGAUUUGUGUUUAUGUUACUGGCCGCCAUAUGGUGGAGAUAAACUAAGGAAAUCUAUAAUCAUGUGUGAGAAUCCCCAGGAAAACUGGAAAACUAAUAAAGCAGUAGUUUUAAGCUUUAGUCUUGGGGGCUUAACAGUAAGAGAAUUUAUCAGUUGCGCAAUGAAACAGAUAGUCACUAACGAAUUCGUCAAAUCAAAUAUUACAUGGGAUGGUUCCAAGGGAAAAAUUGAAUUUCGAAGAACAAAAAUUUGCAAUACCCUAGAUCUUGCUGCAAAAAGGACUACAUCGUUUGAAGGACCCUCAAAUAAAGGGUCCUUUAAAUAUGAUUUCAAAGAGGUUAUUAGGGCUACAAAACAACGGCAAAAAAAUGCCGAAAAACAAACAAGUAAUAAAUCGAACUCUGGCAAAAUUUUGCCACAUUUAGGAAUAAAUGAACCCGAAUUUCCUGACAGUGACCGUAAUAGUGGAUUAUCAGACUAUGAAAGUGAUUUUGAUUAG